CUUUGUCAGUGCCAAUUGUGCUGCCAAUAUAAAACCUCCGUUAAUAUAAGGUCAUCGUCAUCCUUGACUCACAUGCUAUCUAGUUCAGGUCACCCCGAGUUGCCAGUACAUUGUCCACCGCUUGCAUAUACCCGUUCACAACAAACAUGCACAGAGUUGCCUAGGUGCAACCUCGGACGGUGUUUGUUAUUUCGCAUGCUUAAAAUAGUGAUGCUGGUCUUCGUGUACUCAUCAAGACACCUAAAGGAACAAACAUAUGUCUAUGAGCGGAGAUCGUGGCUUCUGAAAUCACACAGAUGUUCACUUGGAAUUGAUUCACGCGCGAUUAAGUAAAGCCGAUAGGGCUGCAGGGGCUAGACUGAGUGUUCCAGAUACAGCUAACUACAACAGCGACCCCAGCCGUCUCCCAGACAUCUAUCCAACAGGACCCGAACAGAAAUAAACAGCAAUAACGUCAGUGUGGAUCUGUUGGAUGGCAUGAGUGCGUAUCGACAAGUCCAUCAUCCCUCCUUCUCGCACGAUGCACCGGAUCAUUCCCGCUCACAGUGUACCCUCGGCGAUGUACCAGGGAAAUUUAUGAUGUUUGUGGACUGCGAUGGCGUGUUAUUAUGGCUUGAGUCCGGUUAUAUCCGGUUGUACGAACUUUUGUACAAUAAUAUACCAGCCAACAUGCAAGGCUGCAAAUUACUAUUGUCAACAAAGAAUAACACCUGCUACAGUAUACCAUUCAUUGAUGUUUCUGUUUCUUUUUGUUCCAAAUGGGCUGAUUUUGCAACAGCAAACUACCCACCUUGGUUACCAUUAAUGGAUGCUCUCCGUGCUAGAGUUCGUUUGCUCAUAUGA